CCUAAGCACUACUCUAUAAAUACUGGUGUUGGUCUUCAACUGUCUCUCACACCAGUUGACUAUUUCCUUCUCUUGCAAUCUGAUUUGCCGUACAGCCAUGACCGACUCUUUUGUAUGUUCCCUGUGUGCAGAGGGACCCCGGGACCCCGUCAGCAUUCCCUGCGGAGACACCUUCUGCCUGGAGUGCAUCAAGAUGUACUGGGACCAGUCUGACCCCACAGGCAUCUACAGCUGCCCGCAGUGCCGUGCGACCUUCACCCCUCGGCCGGUGCUGCGUCGCAAUGUGCCUAACGUGGGCUCGCGUGACCCAUUGAUGUCGUCGCCUGACCUGGCACCCUUCCCCUACCUCAAGCGCGGCUCACUGUGCGACUUCUGCACGGGCCGUCGAAACCAGGCGGUCAAGUCGUGCCUGGUGUGCCUGGCAUACUACUGCGAGGUGCACGUGAAGCCGCACUACGAGUCGGCCACGUUCAAGCGGCACAAGCUGGUGGACGAGACGGGUCACCUCGACCGCAAGAUUUGCCCGCAGCAUGAAAAGGGCCUGGAGCUGUUCUGCCGCUCGGACCAGAUGUGUGUGUGUGUGCUGUGCACGGUCCGCGAGCACCGCGGACACAACACGGUCAGCGCCGAGGAGGAGCGCGCUGACAAACAGAAAGUGUUGGUGGUGACCCAUUCAGAAGUUCAACGCAUUAUCCAGGAGCGCAUGAAGGAACUCCAGGACCUCAGGCACAAUAUAGAGGUGCUCAAGGGUAAUGCUCAUCGGGCCCAAGCAGCCAGUGAUAAGAUCUUCAGUGAGAUGCUGCAGUCUGUGGAACGCUGGCAUGCUGAGAUGUGCCAGCUUAUCCAGGCCAACCUGCAGGCAGCCCUAGCUCAGGCGCAGAGCUAUGUUGAAAGGCUGGAUCAGGAGAUCAUGGAGCUCCAGAGGCGAGAUGUAGAGUUACGGCAGAUCCUCGACACCGAGGACAACAUACACUUCCUACAGAACUUCCUGGCAUUGUCAGUGGCCCCAGAACCCAUGGUGCCCAAGGUCCUGAUCAACCCAGAGUUCUCCUUCAGUGAGGUCACCAAAACAGCAACCAACAUGAAGGAACACCUGGACGACAUCUGCAAGAAGGAGACAGGCAACGUGUCCAAAAAAGUGAGUGACACGCCGGUGUAUGUGUUAAUUCCCAGGACUGGAGGUCGUUUUAAAGUGCCUACAAGAACAGACCUCCAGGAGCCCAAAACCAGAGCAGACUUCCUCAGAUAUUCAGUUAGACUCACCUUUGACCCCAACACGGCCUACAAAGAGCUCGUCCUGUCAGACAGGAACCGCAGGGUCACCAGGAAGCGUUCGGCACAGUUCUAUUCGGAGCAUCCAGAGCGCUUCGACGGCUUCUGCCAGAUCCUAUGCGCGGAGCCGCUGAGCGGAUUCCGACACUACUGGGAAGUGGAGUGGAGCGGGGAAUUUUCCAUCGGAGUCGCCUACAAGAGCAUCAGCCGCAAAGGCAAGAAUUCCCACAGCCUCCUCGGAUACAACGACCGCUCCUGGAGCCUGCUGUGCUCCGAUUCCGGAUAUUCUGCCUGGCACAACAAGCUGAACAAGGACCUUCCGGGAACGGCAAGGGCCACACGGCUUGGCGUGUACCUAGACUAUGCCGGGAAUUCCGUGGCCUUCUAUGCCAUCUCAGAGAGCAUGGAACUUAUACACAGGUUCCAAGCUAAGUUUUCUGAGCCGCUCUAUGCUGGAUUUGGUGUUGGAGCCUCUGUAUCUCUAUGUUCCCUGGAGAACCCCCAGCUAUGCCAUUAAAGAGUGUUGAAAGUUUGAAGUUACUCAAAGUUUCUUUCAACAGAGUAAAUGUGGUGAUGCUCACCAAGAACAUUCAUACAUUUAUAUGCAAAUUAUGCUUUAGAGCUACACCAAAGUACAAUUUAGCCAAAAUAAAUUAAUGAAUGUGUGGCUCAAGGAAAACACUUUUGAGGCUAACUGUAAAAGAUUUUUUUUCCACAUAAAACCAGUCAACUGUUUUGAGCACAGCUUCAGUUUGUGAACUAAAAGCAACUGUCAUCUACAGAUUGGUUAUUGUAUAUACCUUUUUUAAAUUAUGUUCACACUGGGUAUGAUAAACCCAGAUUAGAGCAUGCUGUAAUUUUACUUCAUGUAACCUUGUUGUUUGUGCUUAAAAUAAUUCAUUUUAGGCUGUAUUUUUCUGCAUUUCUAAUCCUUUCAGAAUUUAUAAAAAUCAUAAAUUAGCAUUUAAUCUGAAAAUGUUUUCACAGCAAAUCAAAAUACAGCAUAUAUUUCACUUUGCCAAAUGCUAAAACUCGUUAUAUAACCUCAGUUAUGUCAAA